AUGAAGCUUAAGUUGGUUAUCGAUUCAGAUAGCGAUGACUAUAGACUUUUCAAGACUACAAUAUCAACUGUCGCGCAGUUGCGCAAGACUGCAGUGCUUAGAUUCACUACCGACAGACUAAUAGUAGUUUCGACCCCGAAGACAGCAGCCAGCGGGGCCAUACUAAGCGGAGACCAGGGACAGCUAUGGUGCACCAUUCCGCGCGACAUAUUUACGCUUUAUAACGUGGCAUCGAUCAGGGAACAGAACGCGAUCGCGAUGGAAUGUCAGUGCGAUUCGCUGGUCAAUGUGCUGCGGCGGUACGAGCGGUGUAACCACGGGCCAUUGACCAUCAAGCUGCAGAGCACACCCGAGUGGAACCAGGUGCACACCGGUAUUCAACAGGGAGAGGAGAACAAGCCGAUGGGCAACCCGAUCUGCGCGCUGUCGUGCGCCUUCACGGAGCACCUAGGCUACGAAGACUCUGGAAAAGAGGUGUCGCAUGUAUUUAAAGUCGGUGUGCGACUGCUUUACAAGAGUCAGGAUGCACGUAUUGUGGAACCAAUGGUGAAUUACACGAAAUUGCUGAUGUUCCAGCUACCGCCGGUGAAUGGCGAAUACGGAAGCAAGUUCACCAGUUUCGUGAAGCGCCUAGAUCGGUACGCAACGCUAAACCAUCUGAUGAUCUAUGGCGACCGGAACUCUGACCGCAGCGACGAGGGGCGGCUGCGACUACUUGUUCAGGAGCUGGACUGGAAGCUGGACGUGCAAUGGCGUGGCCCGCUCGAAAUGAUUGUCCAGGAUGACCAGCCCUCUGCAGUGCCUGCUUCAGAGCCAGGUCUGGUGGGCAAUGUACGGCAUCUGAAUGCGGGAACCAGCAUGCAAAUCGAGGACAGCGAAAUGGACAUCGAGGCCACGGACAUCGGGAAUGUCAGCACUUCAAGACCGUCGACCUCGGUCUCCCCGCAGGAACAAACAAGCCAAGUUUUCAUAAAAGCCAAAGACUGGAAGGUCUGCUCUAAACUCUAUGAUUCGUUUGAAGAAGUGGUGCUUGCAAUCUCCCAUGAUGAAUCCUGUGUCCUGCAUUGCUCGCUUGACCGCGGUACAGUAGACGAGCACAGCACCAAGUCCAAAGAACGCGGUCAAAUCAUAUACUAUAUGGCACGCUCAAAACCACUAUAA